UCUCAAAAAAAAAAAGUAUUGUGUAUAUGUAGUUUUUAAAAUCCUUACCUUUUAGAGAUACAAAAAUAUUUAUGAAUAAAAUGAUAUGACGCCUGGGUUUUGCUUCAAAACGAUGGUGGGAGAGGAAUGUAGAUGAAAUAAAAUUGAUUAUGAGUUGCGGUUGCUGAGGAAUCGGGGUCACGGGGGUUCAUUGAACCUCCUAUCAGAUAUGGUCCAGAAGCCUCAGAUCUGGGAGCUGGCUAGAAAUGCAGACUCUCGGCUCCACCGCAGACCUACUGAGUCAGGAUCUGUAUUUUAAUCAAAUAAAAUGCCCAGGGGAUUCCUGAGCACACUCGAGUGUGAGAAGCGCUGGCUUACUCUGUUCACUUCUUUCCUGCAUGUUUGACAUUUUCCAUAAUUAAGAGGUUGUGGGGUUUUGUUUUGCUUUCCUGUGUCUUCACAGUCACGAGGAGCUCUUCCUACGGAGACCAGGGCUGGAGGGAGCUGGGAAGCGCUGCCUCCCGGCUCCUGCCUCCUGCUUGGACCCACCAGCGCCACCGCUGGCCCGCGCUCGGUCGGGAGGCACCGGGGUCCCGCAGGGCAGCCCCGACCCCGUGCCUGGGCCGCACCUGCAGCAGGGGUUCCGUCGGGCCGGGCGGAAGCGCGGGAGCGCAGGGCUGGGCAGGCCCGGGCGUGGCGGCCCCGGCGCACCUGGGCGAGCCGACAGGUGGGAGCGUCGCGGCCCGGGGCCCCCGCCCUCGCGCGGGGGAGGAGCGGGCGGCGCGGGGCGGGCGCAGCGGGGGCCGGGGCGCUGGGAGCCCGUUGGGCCGCGAACGCAGCCGCCACGCCGGGGCCGCCGAGAUCGGGUGCCCGGGAUGAGCCUCAUCCGGAAAAAGGGAUUCUACAAGCAGGACGUCAACAAGACCGCCUGGGAGCUGCCCAAGACCUACGUGUCUCCGACGCACGUCGGCAGCGGGGCCUAUGGCGCCGUGUGCUCGGCCAUCGACCAGCGGUCAGGGGAGAAGGUGGCCAUCAAGAAGCUGAGCCGGCCCUUUCAGUCCGAGAUCUUCGCCAAGCGCGCCUACCGGGAGCUGCUGCUGCUGAAGCACAUGCAGCAUGAGAACGUCAUUGGGCUCCUGGAUGUCUUCACCCCAGCCUCCUCCCUGCGCAACUUCCAUGACUUCUACCUGGUGAUGCCCUUCAUGCAGACAGAUUUGCAGAAGAUCAUGGGGAUGGAGUUCAGUGAGGAGAAGAUCCAGUACCUGGUGUAUCAGAUGCUCAAAGGUCUUAAGUACAUCCACUCAGCUGGGGUCGUGCACAGGGACCUGAAGCCAGGCAACCUAGCUGUGAAUGAGGACUGUGAACUGAAGAUCCUGGAUUUUGGGCUGGCGCGGCACGCAAAUGCCGAGAUGACUGGCUAUGUGGUGACCCGCUGGUACCGGGCCCCCGAGGUGAUCCUCAGCUGGAUGCACUACAACCAGACAGUGGACAUCUGGUCUGUGGGCUGUAUCAUGGCAGAGAUGCUGACAGGGAAAACUCUGUUCAAGGGGAAAGAUUACCUGGACCAGCUGACCCAGAUCCUGAAAGUGACCGGGGUGCCAGGCACAGAGUUUGUGCAGAAGCUGAACGACAAAGCGGCCAAAUCCUACAUCCAGUCCCUGCCACAGACCCCCAAGAAGGAUUUCACUCAGCUCUUCCCACGGGCCAGCCCCCAGGCCGUGGACCUGCUGGAGAAGAUGCUGGAGCUAGAUGUGGACAAGCGCCUGACAGCCGCGCAGGCCCUCACCCAUCCCUUCUUUGAACCCUUCCGGGACCCUGAGGAAGAGACGGAGGCCCAACAGCCAUUUGAUGAUUCCUUAGAACACGAGAAACUCACAGUGGAUGAAUGGAAGCAGCACAUCUACAAGGAGAUCGUGAACUUCAGCCCCAUUGCCCGGAAGGACUCGCGGCGCCGGAGUGGCAUGAAGCUGUAGGGACUCAUCUCACAUGGCACCGCUGGCCAGACACUGCCCAAGGACCAGUAUUUAUUUGUCACUACCAAACUCAGCCCUUCUUGGAAUACAGCCUUUCAAGCAGAGGACAGAAGGGUCCUUCUCCUUAUGUGGGAAAUGGGCCUAGUAGAUGCAGAAUUCAAAGAUGUUGGUUGGGAGAAACUAGCUCUGAUCCUAACGGGCCAUGUUAAACUGCCCAUCUGGAGAACUGCCUGCAGGUGGGGACCUUUCCCUCCCACUGGAGUGGGGCUGAGAGGGCGCUGAGCCAGGCCAGGGGCCUAUGGCAGUGAUGCUGCAUUGGUUUCCUAGGGAUGCUCUAACGAAUUACCACACAUUGGGUAGCUUGAAACAGCAGAACUUGAUUCCCUCACAGUUCUGGAGGCUGGAAAUCUGGGAUGGAGAUGUUGGCAGGGCUGUGGUCCCUUUGAAGGCUCUGGGUAAGAAUCCUUCCUUGGCUCUUUUUGCUUGUGGUGGCAGUGGGCAGUCCGUGGCAUUCCCCGGCUUAUUGCUGCAUCACUCCAGUCUCUGUCUCUUCUGUUCUCUCCUCUUUUAACAACAGUCAUUGGAUUUAGGGCCCAUCCUAAUCCUGUAUGAUCUUAUCUUGAUCCUUAUUAAUUACACCUGCAAAUACUCUAUUUCCAAAUAAAGUCAUAUUCUUAGGUUCCAAGUGGACAUGAAUUCCAGGGGGGAAAUUAUUCAACUCACUACAGAUAGCUGGGAGGGAGGGGCCCCUUCCUGGGCCCUGUGCUGAGGCCUUGUGCUCUGUGAAGAAACCAAAUGUGUUUGGCUGCUAAAUUAAGGGAGUUGCGGAGAGAGCUGCAGCUGGUGCUAUUGCAUUCAGGUUAUUUUGGGUGAGUGAUAAGCAAUCAAGAUAUGAAACAACAGCAGGCUUGGAUACUGCGAGCUGCACAGGCAGAAAUGGGCUCUUGCCUGGCUUGAUGGCAAACCGUUCUGCUCUCUUUGGGAGAUGGCACAGCUCUCCAGAGCUUUGACCUGACAGUGGCUAGAACCUCUCUGUUUUUAUCUGAGAAACGAAUUUCCAUGUGCACAAGCUAUCAGGGGCACAGUGGGUCUCAAAUUUCCUUGUGCACCAGGGGAAUUGUUAAAAUGCAGAUUCCUGGGCCCCAUCCCAGGGCUUGUGACAGCAGGUCUGGAGUUGAGACCUUAGAAUGUGCAUUUGAAUGAGGACCUCUCGCCCUGACCCAAGCCUAGUGAUUCUGAUGGACAUCAGACAUUUAGUGGAUUUCAGUCAUAUUUGAUUUGUUGGAAGGCCUAAAUCAACCUACAGUAGAAGACUGGGGGGCUUCAGAUGGAGCUUCACACUCAUCUUACAGGUGUUAAAACUGAGGCUCAGACAGCUUUUUGUUUGUUUGCUUGUUUGAGACAGGGUCUGGCUCUGUCCCCCAGGCUGGAGUGCAGUGGCACAUUUACAGCUUACUGCAACCUCAACCUCUUGGGCUCAAGCCAUCCUCCCACCUCAGCCUCCUAAGUAGCUGGGACUACAGGUAUAUGCCAUCCAGGUGCACCAGGACUACAGGUGGCUAAUUAAAACAUUUUUUUCUUUUUUGUAUAGGCAGGGUUUCUCUAUGUUGCCCAGGCUGGUCUUGAACUUCUGGAUUCAAGUGAUUCUCCCAUUUUGGCCUCCCAGAGUGCUGGGAUUAUAGGCAUGAGCCACCCUACAGGCCCACACAGCAUUUUUAAGGCCUUGAAACUCUUCUGUAUGAUACUGUAAUGGUGGAUACAUGUUGUGCAUUUGUUACAAUCUGUAGGACUGGAUAACACAGAGUGAACCCUCAAGUAAACUGUGGACUUCAGUUAAUAAUAAUGUGCCAGUAUUGGUUCAUAAAUUGUCCUAACAAUUGUGCCACACUAAUGCAAGAUGUUACUCAUCAGGAAAACUGGGGAGAGAGAAGGGGAGGAAGUACAUGGGAACCUCUGUAUUUUCUGCAACCUUGUCACUCCAGCCUGGGUGACAAGAGUGAGACUCCAUCUCAAAACACAAAAAACAAAUACCCUGAGGCCACAGAGACAUUGGGUCAGAUACCCACAGCUGGGAAGUGGUGGAGUCAGGAUUGGAAUCCAAGUAGGCUUGACCACUGCGCCCAGCUUGGAUUCAGGAUUGCCCAGCCUUCCGUCUUCUCGCCGGUCUCUCUGAGACCCUUACUGCUGACUGUGUCCAUGGUCUCUGUUUUCUCUCCCACAGAAAGGCCCUGCUGUCAAGGAGUUGGGGAGUCCUUGACUGGGACUGGCUAGUCUUGCCAUAGCCCUGGCCUCGCUGGUUACUAAACUGCCCCAGGUUCCCUGAGUCUAGAUCCCUCUAAGUCUCCUUCUGAGAAUCCUCACUGCCCCAAGGAAAAAGUCCAGCCUUCUUGGCCUGGCAUUCAAAACCCCUUGUGUUUUGAAUCUCAUCAGCUCCCACUGCCUCCCCUGGUCCUUAUGUCAGUGUGGGACACCAGUCCUGGGAUCCACCAUAAGGUUCAUUCUGCAUCAUUCACAGGUUAAAAGUCCUGACAAGUGCUGCAGUACAGAGAACUGUUCAACUCAUUUAAUCCAGAACUUCCCAAAUUUACUUAACCACAGGACCCAUUUUCUCCCAACAGCAUGACACUCAUAGCCUUUUUUGCCCAGUGCAGCCCAGUGCACAGGUCCCGAUACUGCCUCUCCCCAAGUAGGCUUGGCCUUCUUUUAGUGCCCGUGGGUAGAAGGCCCUCCAUUCUCCUUGGCCUUCAAGGCUUUGCCUUAGGCCUCACUCCAGGCAGCUGUUCUCCAUCAUCCCCCCUGGGCUGCAGGCCCCCUCUGUGGGCAGCAUUUACAGUGUGCGGUUUGGCCUGCCCUUCCCGUUGCCCACUGUGAGCAAAUAUCUGUGCAUGAAUGAAUGAAUGAUGACUGAAUGAUGUCCCCAGGGGCCUGUCGGUCACUUCUUUGCCCCGACCAGGCCAAUGUCAUAUGGAAGGUGGCAGAGAGCACAGCAGGAAGCAGAAGUGGGCGGCCCUGGGCUGUACCUUUGAGAAUCUCUAUUCUCUCAGACUUCCAGACUGCACCCAUCCCCAUCAUCCCUUGGUGUGCCCCUAGGCUGUCCCCACUCCGGAAUUAAACCUCAGCCCCCUCCCACAGAAUUUUCUCAGACCUGUGAAGUUUCUUCAAAAGGCGGUGGAGGUGCUCAGCAGCGCAAGGUGGGGGGUGGAGGGGGUGGGGGGUAAAGGGAGUGGGGGCUGCAUGGGUUUGGGUCUUGCCCAGUGAGCACAUGGCCUGUGUGAUAGGAAACAAGUCUAUUCUCCUGCUAUCUGCGGGCAGAGGAGCUGGCAUGGUGGGGGUGGGGGAGAUUUGGGCUCAAGUACUCUUGGUGGAUGGGCUUCGUUCUGUGGCUGAUGGGGUGGCUUAAAAUAUCUUAACAGAGAGAUCAGGAAGCCAGACUGCAAGGUGGGGGACAUUUCCUAACAGCAAGUGUGCCCUCCAUUCCCUCUUUUGAGGAACAAAGAGUAUUUUUGCUGGGGCCUGAGUCAUCCAUGAGAACAGAGAGCAGCGGUGUCCCAGGGCCGGGCUUGCCUGGCGUGGAUUGGGGUGGUGCUGCUCCCAGUGAGGGGCAGCACAAGGGGAGACAGAAAUGGAGGAACAGCCCCUGUAAGGGCAAGCCCAGUAUACACCGGUGCCCAGAGCUGCCUGAUGGAGGAACAGCUCCGUAAGGGUGAGCCCAGUGCGCACAGGUGCCCCGAGCUGCCUGCGUGAGGCUGGAGGCUAGUUUGGAUGAGGGCAUGGCUCAACUUUCACUUGGCACAUUGAAAUAGCUUUUGCUGUCUGCUAGGGUGUGGAAAACUGUUUUUCCAUGCCCCCAAGCAGUGCUGCAGCCACAGGUGAGGAGGGAGGAAUCUCUCCCUGCCUCUCCUCCCAACUCUUGGCUUUUGCAUCCUUAAAUUUGGUUGAAACAAUUCCCUAAGAUCUAAUGCUGGGAGGCUUCCCUUCCUUCAUUACACAGUGAACUCAGGUGCUCUAUCUGCAUUCUCCCUAAAUCCUCCUGAGCUUUUAGGUAAGAGGCCGGUGAUUUCACAAUGGGCAGCAGAGGCCUAAGGCCAUUCCAUCAAACUGAAGAUGGCAGCAAGUUGUUCUCACUUAUUCGUUGAGCACCCAGGGGUAUAUCCCGGAGCAAGGGUGGUGCCAGGGAUUCUUCUGCUUUGGUUCCUCCUGCAGGGUCCCGGCUUAGCUGGACGGCGGCCCUCACUCUGGGUGGAUGACACUCAGUCAGGGGCCUUUGGCCAUUUUUUGUGCCUUUGAUCGCUUCUCAAAAUCAUAUUUUCUUUUCUUUUCUUUUGAGAUGGGGGUCUCACUCCAUUGCCCAGGCUGGAGUGCAGUGGUGCAAUCAUGGCUCACUGCAGCCUCGACCUCCCUGGGUUCAGGUGAUCCUCCCACCUCAGCCUCCCAAGUAGCUGGGACUAUAGGCAUGCACCACUAUGCCUGGCUAAUUUCAGAAUAAUAUUUUCGUACACAUAAAAUAUGUAGGAUUACAAAGUAAGCUAGUUAUAUUUAUAUACAGUUGUCAAAAUAUUUUUAAAAUGUGUAACAUGGUACUAUGUGCAUAGGUUUCUUUAUUAACAUAUUGAAUAACAAGAUCUAGGGGUGGGCCUAUUAAACAAUGGUAAAUUGAAGUAGAGAUGAGUGUAAACAGUAUUUUAAGAUACCUGUGGCAAACUGUAAAGGGAUAUGAAAAACUGUGGUUUCUAUUGGCGCUGCUGAUACAACUGCACUUUGCUCCCUUUGUUCAUAACCCAGGAAAUAGAAAUGACUGAAAAUAAAGUUGUAUUCUAUUCCAA